AUGGGCAGCAUCGGCACCAGCAGCAACCUGGAGAACACUCCCGCGCCUGGAGUGCCCUUCUACACUCCCGCCCAGAACCCCCCAGCCGGCACUCCUGUAGACAAAGAGUCGGCGCCGACUCUCUUCACGCCGCUGCGCAUGCGCUCCGUCGAGCUGCACAACCGCAUCGUCGUGUCUCCCAUGUGCCAGUACAGCGCCGACAACGGCCACUUGACUGACUACCAUCUGGUGCACCUCGGCCAGCUGGCGCUCCACGGCCCGGGCCUCAUCUUCGUCGAAGCCACCGCCGUUGAGCCCCGCGGCCGCAUCUCCCCUCAGGACUCUGGCCUGUGGCAGGACUCCCAGAUCGCUCCUCUGCGCCGAGUCACCGACUUCAUCCACAGCCAGGGCGUCAAGGCUGCCAUCCAGAUUGCCCACGCCGGCCGCAAGGCGAGCACUCUCGCUCCUUGGAUUGGCGGCACUGCGAACAAGGCCGUGGCCGAUGAGAGCGUCGGCGGAUGGCCAAAGGACGUCGUUGGCCCCAGUGCGAUUCCCUUCCACGAGGACCACGCUCAUCCCAAGGAAUUGACCAUUCAGGAGAUCAAGGGGCUUGUCCAUAAGUUUGCUGAGACUGCCAAGCGCGCCGUUGAGGCUGGAUUCGAUGUCAUUGAGAUCCACGGUGCUCACGGAUACCUCAUCAACGAGUUCCUGUCGCCUCUGAGCAACACACGAACUGACGAGUACGGCGGAAGCUUUGAGAACCGCACCCGCUUCGUCCGCGAAGUCACCGAGGCCGUCCGCGCCGUCAUCCCCGAGACCACGCCCCUCUGGCUUCGCGUCUCCGGCACCGAGUGGAUGGAGUGGGCCGGCCAGCCCUCAUGGACCGUGGAGGAAACCACCAAGCUCGCCAAGCUGGUGCCCUCAUGGGGCAUCGACGUCCUGGACAUUAGCAGCGGCGGCAACAGCUACGAGCAGCAGUUCCCCGACUCCAAGUCCUUCCAGAUCGACAUUGCACGCGACGUGCGCAAAACCCUCCGCGCCGAGGGCAUCGACCUAACCAUUGCAUCCGUUGGAUUCAUUACCAGCGCCCAGAUCGCCCACGACGUCGUCCAGGAGGGUCCCGAGGCUGCAGCCGACUUGGCCCUGGUGGCGAGACAGUUCCUGCGCGAGCCUGAGUGGGUGCUGAGAGUGGCCCACGAGCUCAAGGUGGCUGUCAAGUGGGCGAACCAGUACUCACGAGCUGGACCGCGAACGGACUUUAGCAAGAAGUUUUAA